CAGGCGGUGCCGCCGCCGCUCCCGCGCUUCGCUCCGCUCGCAGUGCCGCCCGCAGCGGCGAUGCGGCUGCAGUGCGAGGCCGAGGUGGUGCACCGGCAGGUCCCGGGGCUGCGGGGCCGCGCCUCCCGCGCGUUGCUGUCGCUGGGCCGGGCCCGCGGCUCCGGGGCGGUGUGUUUGCUGCUGUGCACGGCGCGGGACCGGGCCGGGGCGCGCUACGGGCUGCGCGACAACGUGGAGAGGUUCUUCACCCGCUUCGUGGAGGAAGGCAAGGCCACCGUGCGCCUGCGGGAGCCGCCCGUGGACCUCUGCCUCAGCAAGGCAAAUGCCAGCAAUUUGAAGGCUUUCCUUUCAGCUGUGAGACUGGCUCACCAAGGGACUGACAUCGGAGCUCUCCCGCUCUCGGCUUUGGUACCGGCAAAGACCUCAGAGGUUGAAAAACCCAAGACAAAAAUGAUCAUAACUUCCCGAAGGGACUAUCCUCUCACCAAAAACUUCCCCUACUCCCUGGAACACCUCCAAGCCUCAUACUGCAAACUCGCUCGGAUCGACACGCGUGUGCUGUGUUUGAAGAAGCUCCGAAAACUAGACCUGAGUCAUAACCACAUAAAGCAGCUGCCGGCUACCAUUGGCGACCUGACCUGUCUUCAGGAGCUGAAUUUGCACGACAAUCACCUGGAGUCCUUCAGCGGGGCUUUGUGCAACUCCACCCUCCAGAAAUCCCUUCAGUUCUUGGACCUCAGCCAGAACAAAAUCAAAGCUCUUCCAAUUCAGUUUUGCCAGCUGCGAGAACUUGUCAAUUUAAAGCUCGAUGACAAUGAGCUGAUUAGGCUGCCGUUCAAGAUUGGCCAGUUAGAUCAUCUACGCUUUCUGUCAGCAGCUCGAAACAAACUUCCUUUCUUACCCAGUGAUUUUAGGAAGCUCUGCCUUGAGAACCUGGAUCUCUUUGGGAAUCCUUUUGAACAGCCCAAUCCGCUCGUUCCCAACAUACAACUGAAAAUACCUUUGACUUUGUUGGAGUGCGCAGCGAGAGCAACCGUGAAUCACAGAAUCCCCUAUGGUUGUCACCUCCUUCCUGCUCAUCUUUGUGAAGACCUGGAAGUGGCUAAAAAUUGCCAGUGUGGAAAUGCCUGUCUGAGCAGCUUCAUUCAGAUCACGGUGACCAUGAAUCUCCAUCACGUAGCUCACACCGUGGUCCUGGUGGAUAACAUGGGAGGUACAGAAGCCCCCAUCAUCUGCUACUUCUGUUCUCUAGACUGCUAUUCCCAGUUCCUGGACAGGUACCUGCAGGGUAAGAGGUGACCAUCAUGAGGUGCCAAAGCUCUGCCUGAAGUUCUGUCCAGUGGCGGAGGAGCCAAAAUUGCUUCCUGCUUGUUCCCUUCAUGUGCUGUCGGGGGCAUUGUCGAUCCUGCACUGAGGGACCACCGCUCAUCCGGUGCCUUGGCUGUUCCUCUACCACUAGAAUCUCUCUUUGGUUGGAAUAAAUGAUGCUUAGCUUGAAGGGAUCCUCCUUUAGAAUGUAUUUUGCAGUUGUUUUCCUAGUACUGUGACUCUGUUCGGAGUAUCACAACCAUCUUCUUUUUUCUGGGUCGUAAGUGGUUUCUCCUCACUGGGAGAAGGAAGGUGAACAUGUACCGACCACUCUGCUUGCUGACGCUUGAGCUCUGCCUACAGAAGAGCUGCGCUGCCGUUGUCGCUCCACUGGACUCUUCCUAACUUGUUUACUCAGAGCAACGUGGUGGGCAGCUACAAGAAGACAUGACAGUGGGAGAGUUCCAAAGCAGUCCUGUAAUUCCAGGUGCUCCUUUUUAAAUGCUUCUGUUACAGGGUUUUCACUUCAAGCAAGGACCAGCACUGCUGUUUUUUUACCAGAGCCAAUUUUUUGGGGUUUUAUCUCUUUGUGAUACAAAAAAUGUCUUUUUCUAAGUAUGUGAGCUGAACUUUUGUUUUUUAACUCUCACGUUUUAAAGAGCCUUGACUUGUUCACUGCGUCAACGUAUUAAACUUCGAAUUCUCUGUGCUUGUGAUUUGUGUUUUCUCUAAGCAGUUUUUCAACCGAAGCAUUCUAGGGAUCACCUCCCGGCUCUUUUCCUGGUGCAGAGACCAAAAUACUUGAGAGACUCCACACAGCCUUAUUUCACAUCUGCUCCAUGGCCGGAGCUUUGAUACAGCAUGGAACAAAAAUCCCUUGAGAGUCUUUGGGCACCUCCUGCCCUGGAACACGGGAUGGCUGGGAGGAGGGAGCAUGUCACGCUGUUGUUCUUGAAGAAGCACUGGCUGCCCAGGAGUGAAUUCCUCACACUGCAUCCCUCUAGGUCAGAGCUAAGGGCACCACUCUGGCAGUUUUGUGUAGUUUUAGUAGGAAAAUGAGACACCUGGAGCUAUCGAGUGCAGAACUGCUCCGGGCUGGGCAUCAGGCGCCAGCUAACUGCAAGCACAGUGUGAGGAGCAGCCCCUGGGGCGGCAGCCAGCUUUGGGAGAACGUCCUGGCUCGCCGGUAUCUUUAACGUCUCCUAUGUGAGCACAAUCUUCACCUUUUAAAAGUCAUCCAUUCCAAACUUCACUCACCCAAGACAUUCACAGCCAGAAUAAACACCGAGCGCGCCUGCUGAAGGGCUUCACUCUGACAAGGCCAAGAGAUGCAUUUUCCUGGGGAAAAAUGGCUUUUAUCCUAGAAACACUGAGUGUCAUUAAAGCUUUCUGCAGGUGUCGGGAUAACCCAACUACUCUCUCCACACAGCAGCUGCAAAGCAGUAACUU